UCAACUCUUCAAAAUAUAUCUUCAAAAGUCUUCAUCCUUCGUUAAAAAUGUCUAACAAAGUGAUUUCUUUGCAACUGAAGGAAGUCCAGAGGAAGAAGAGUGUUUUUUUCACUACAGGACCAAAGGAUUAUGACUUGUACCACAGGAAAGCAACCCUAAAAGGGCCUGAGGGGUCACCCUAUGAAAAUGGGGUUUUCAAACUAAACAUACACUUUCAUCCAGACUACCUGUUUAUACCACCAAAGGUCACCUUCAAAACUAAGGUCUAUCACCCCAACGUGAAUACUAAUAGGAACAUCUUAAAGAAGAUUUUAACAAAUGUCUAUCAGUCCCAAGUACAGCAUCAAUGAUGUAUUGACUAUUCUUGUUUUUUAUUAUGAAAAAAGAAAAAAGAAAUCAUUAGAUUAGAUUAUUGUUUUUGCUAAAAUGUUUGUAAAUUUUAAUGAAAACAUGUUCUCACUGAAAUUCACAAGCUGUUGACUGCCCCAGAGGUUGAAACAAGGAGAUUACUUUGAUGAAGAGAUAGCCAAGAUUUACGUGAAAGACAAGGCUGCUUUUGAUGCAACUGCUCUUGCAUGGACUCUGGAGCACGC